AUGUAUCAUUUGGAUAAUAGAAAGGGUGCCGAAGGUGAAGCUUGUAGAUUCAAUUCAUAUGCCCCAGAGAGACAAAAAGUUAGAGCCAAAUGGUAUGUCGACGGAAAGGAUGCCUUCCAAGAUAUUGCACUUGCUAUUAGUUUGGCAAAGGAGGAAAUUUUCAUUGCCGAUUGGUGUCUACACCCAACUCUUUAUCUUUUGAGAGGUGAUGGUAAGGAAGUUGCCGACUCGAGAUUGGAUAUUUUACUGAAAAAGAAAGCAAGUCAAGGUGUUAGAAUAUACAUUCUCUUAUGGAAUGAAACAUCUUUGGCUGGGCUCAAUUUGAACACAAAGAAAACAAAGAAUUAUCUGAAAAGUUUGUAUCCAAAGAAUAUUUAUGUCAAGACUCAUCCAAAGCAGUAUCCAGUCGAGUGGUCUCACCAUCAGAAAUUAGUUGUUAUUGACCAAUCGAUUGGAUUUCUUGGGGGUUUGGACAUGUGUUAUGGAAGGUGGGAUGACUAUAAGCAUAACAUUACUGAUAUGAAUCAUUCCCACUCAAAAUAUCCAGGAAAUGAUUACCAAAAUCCAAAUUAUCACGCCUACUACAAGUACGCAGAUAAAUUGGACAGUUUUACUGAUGUUAUUGAUAGAGAAUAUUCGACCAGACAAGCUUGGCACGAUAUUCAUUGCAGUGUAACUGGACUUGCUGCCAAAGAUUGCUCAUUCAAUUUUGUUGAGAGAUGGAAUUUUUCAAUUAAUGGCUCAAAAGAUUCAAAGGAAAAUAAGAAUGAAGGUUUCCUGUGCAAUGCCCAGUUAGUGAGAUCUCUGUGUAAGUGGAGUGGUUCGCCUCGAGAUGAACAGAGUGUCUAUGCAGCCUAUCUCCAUCUCAUAGAUAAUGCCAAACAUUAUAUUUAUAUUGAGAACCAAUACUUUAUUGGUUCUACAUCAGAUUUGCCAAAAAAUGUCAUUCCAGAAUAUAUUGCUAGAAAGGUUGUUGAAAAGAUGAAAGCAAAGGAAGUUUUCAGAGUAAUUAUUGUUGUUCCAUCACAUCCUGAAGGCGAUAUGGCUGCAUCAACAACACAGCAAAUUAUGAAAUACUCGUAUAAUACCAUCAAGAAUGGUCCAAACUCAAUGUUCAGUUACAUUAAGAAACAUGUAACUGGUGCCACAGAUAAGGACAUUGAAAAUUACAUCUUCUUUUGUACAUUGAGAAACUAUGGAUUUGCUGUUACUGAGCAUAUCUAUGUACAUAGCAAGAUGAUGAUUGUUGACGAUUAUAUUACAAUUAUUGGAAGUGCCAACAUUAACGAUAGAAGUAUGCUCGGCACGAGAGAUUCUGAAAUUGCUGUGGUGAUUCAAGAUCAUCCAACUAGUGUCAUUCACACCAAGAUGAAUGGUAGACAUUACAAGUCUGGUAAAUUUGCUCACAGUUUGAGAAUUAGAUGUUGGAGAGAACACUUGGGCUUGCUUCCAUCUCAA